GGACAGUUUUUCAUGUAACACAGGAUACACUGACAGCUCCAUUUCAUUUGUUUAAUGAAGACGCUUUUGGUGAAAAUACCACCAGCGCUUAUCCACACACCGAUUAAUGUUAAUGACAACAAACAAAUUGUAGUUUAGUUUAUUUUACUCACUAAAUCGCUAACGUCAGCAUCAGAUCACACACACACACACCCCUUUUCAUUCGCCUGUCAGAUAUCGUGUUAGUUAAAAUCAAAACAGAGUGGAGACAACAAGGAAGCAUAGAGAACACAAGACCGACAAGGCACCAUGACGUGGUUUAGCUUCGCAGGUCGGGUGUGGGAUCGCGUGGAGAAGACGUGUCUCCACCUGCCCAUCUUUCUGAACACCGUUCUCGUGUUCUCCAUCACGGCGGAGGUGAGCUACCUGGUCCUGGUCGAGGCGCCGCUCCAACCGGACCAGAAGAAGACCCAGUGGUCUACCGUGUGGAAGACUCUGCACCUCCUCGUGCAGUACUUCAUGUUUGGCAACAUCACAUGGAACGCCUCGCUGUUUCUGAAAACCAGCCCCAGCAUUCAAGGAGUGUUCCUGGGCUCAGAAGGCAUGGCACAAGGCUGGAGGUACUGCUACACAUGUGAGACCCACACUCCCCCGCGGUGCUCCCACUGCUAUGACUGUAAGGUGUGUGUUCUGAGAAGAGACCACCACUGUGUGUUCUUCGGCCAGUGUGUGGGCUUCCGUAACUACCGCUACUUCCUCAGCUGUCUGCUGUUCAUGUGGAUGGGGCUGCUGUACGCUGUAGUGAUGAACGCUGAGGUCUUCAUCAUCAUCCUGAAGGAAGGAGUCACGCUGCACAGCAUCCUGCUACUUCUCAUGCCCUGGAUCAUGCUCGUCUCUGGUCAGGUGACAGCACGGGCCUUUGCCUUUGCCUUCAUCGCAGACACCUGUGUGUUGGGCUUCCUGCUGGUGGCAGCCUUCCUCUUCUUCCACCUCUUCCUCCUCCUGCGAGGCCAGACCACCAGAGAGUGGUACUCCAUCCGCAGGCCCUACAACCUGGGAUUACUGGGCAAUUUGCGUCACGGCCUGGGUACCCGCUGGUACAUCUGCUGGCUCUGCCCACUCAUCCCCUCCCCACUGCCUGGGGACGGCAUCCACUUCCAGGUCACAGAGUCACUGGAGCUGGAUCCCAACCGCUCACGGUAACCCUGGUAAUGUGACGGACACAGGUGUGUGAUGAUGACAGUGACACCUUGCAGUGCAGGCGGGGGGUGUGGCCUUCGUGGAGAAGUUGACUGUAAAUCUGAAAGCCUCUUCACCCACUGCUUUCCCUGUUUGCUGAGUCAGUGAGUCGGUGGGUGGGACGGCAGGUGUAGCUGCAUUAUCUCAAGGUUGCUCUGUGGUACUUUGACCCAUUGUCUAUGUGCCGACAUUAUUUGAUCCAUUACCUAAGUCAAUCAGCUAAAUGAGAAAGCAUGUGUUUAUUGGUUUGCUUGCCUCCGCAGUUAAAACAAUGAAAUGAGCAUUGAAAUGUGAGUCCACUGAAAUGAUGAUUGUUUUGAUUGUUCA